AGAAAGGUUGGAAAGUGGUCAGAUAAAAAUAAGUGCUUGUUUUUGGUAUAUAAAUGUACACUAAUGUUAUAAAUUGACUUCAGGAAAAAUGACUGGAUGUGCUCCUUUGUGCUAAAACUCGUACUUACAGUGAGUGUACAGCAGUGAAGGGAAGUGGGCUAGCUGAGCUGUGUUUAUUUUAGAGAAGUCUCAGUGUUUUGUGGUCGGACACUGCAGCUCUAAUGGCGUUUAAUGAACAAGCCUGCCUUUUCUCCUCACCGCAGACCAGCACGCGUCCUCUGCUAUCGCUAUUGGCUGCGAUGUCGAGGCUUGAGCUUAGACUGGCUUCCUAUUCGAACUCUCCGUUCCACUUUAAAUGGCCCUGCUGUUACACGUACCAGUUACACUUAAGGUGGAACGGAGAGGACUAAUAAGACGCUGGCCAACGAGAGGCAAACUUCAGCUCGUGCUUCUGUUCGGUCUGACCUCAUCGUCCUCUUCCUCCUUCAGAAGAAAAGUCUUCUCAGCAUCAGGAACCGAAGAACUGCGACCUCCACGACACAGAAACGCGUCUCAGCCAACUUUAUGCCUUUUCGCGUGUUCGACUGGACACUGAGGGAAAACCCGCCUGUGCUCUUCUGACCUUUCAUCAGCAGCCAAGCUCAUUUUGAGGCUCUUCAGCGAUGGAGGGGUCUGAAAGCUCAAUAAACCGAAUUGGUCGCACGAUUUGGACAGUCUGGGGUUACCUCUCAGGGGCCGUGGGAAGAUAUUUACGACCAGAGGUCACAAACGAAGACGACCAGAGCGAGGACGUUCAACAGGAAGACACAGCGGCUAAGAGUUACAGGGAGUUAAAGGAAAAUGAAGAAGAGAAAGAACGGAGUGAGGCCCAGGCACAGAGCCAAAGUGAGAGACCCCAAGCUGGGGUCAGCGUGCGGACCGCCGCCGCUCAGUGGGAAAAGGGGAAGGUACGCAGGGAGCACACGGGCAGACCCUGCUCGCAGUGGUAUCGCGUGGAAUGUCGGGGUUCAGGAGGGACAUUCAGAGGACAAGAAAGCACAGGAGCAGCGGGAUAAUGAGGGAACGUCGGAAAAUAACAACGAGGCAGCCACAACAAAUGAGUUUGUUGCUAGCGUUGACCAAGUUUGUCCACCUGCGUCCACUGAGGGCAGCCAAGACUUCGGAGUUUCUGUGAGUGAUAAGGAUGUAGAUGCUAGAAGGAGUGAAAAUAGGACUGAUGAUAUGGGAAAGGAGUGAGGGCGCUGAAAAUGAAAGGGAAGCAGUGGAUGAGUCUGCUGCGCAAGGAGGUUUUGGAGACAUCGCAGAGGUCUCAGUAGAGAAGAAACCCACUGAUGACCAGGACUCAAAUGAUGAACGUACAUCACAGUUGGCAGAUGAUUGGGUAUUCCAGCUGACCUCUUCAGCGAGGGAACAAGGAGACCUUUUAAACAAAGAACUCAAAGUGGAUGAAACGACUGAAAACAAGGCCACGGCGACACCAGAAAGGGAAGUGAUCGAUGUCAACAAUGUGGGAACAAAGCAAGGAGCUGUGGGAACAGUAAAAGAUGGGCAGCAUGAGGCAGGUCAGCAGUUAACUGAAACUGAAACUGCCGAAGUGUGUGAGUCACAGCUGGAUGAAGAACAGAUUAACUUUACAGAGGAAAUAGUUCAGACUACACAUGAACUUUUGGAGGAAACUGUGACAGGACAGAUUGAAAAUACAGAAACAUAUGAAAAAGAGCCAGAAUCAAUCAGCAAAAUUAUUGAAAAAAAGACCCAACCAGCACCAGAAAGGCAGCCAAUCGAUAAUAUCGAGGAACGUGAAGCGAGGCAGCAGUUAGAUGAGUCCAAAACGGCUGAAACUCUUGGCAUCUCUGAGUCAAAGCUGGAUGAAGACCAAACUGAGGGAAUUGAGACUGCGUAUAAAUUAUUGGAGGGGCCUGUGACAGAACAGACUGAAAAUGCAGAAGUUUAUGAAGAAGAGCCAGAACCAAUUAGCAGAAUUAUUGAAAAGAAGGCACCAGAAAGAGACGUGAUCAUCGAGGAACCAAAGCAAGAGACUGUGGGGACAGCACAAGAUGGUCAGCAGUUCAGUGAGUCCAAAGCUUUUGACAUCUUUGAGUCAAAGCUGGACGAAGCCCAGAUUGAAUUUACAGAGGGAAUAGUUGAGACUAAACAUGAACCUUUGGAGGAACCCGUGACAGGACAGAUUGAACAUGUAGAAGUUUAUGAAGAAGAGCCAGAACCAGUCAGCAAAAUUACUGAAAAGAAGGCUGUGUCAACACCAGAAAGAGAAAAGAUCAAUGAGGGAACAAAACAAGUGGCUGCAGAUGGGCAGCAUGAAGCAGGACAGCAGGUAAGCGAAUUCAUAGCUUCUGAAAUUGCUGACAAACUGAACCUCCAAAAGUCAAAGCUGGACGAAGCCCAGAUUGAAUUUACUGAGGGAAUAGUCGAGACUAAACAUGAACCUUUGGAGGAACCUGUGAUAGGACAGAUUGAACAUAUAGAAGUUUAUGAAAAAGAACCAGAACCAACCCCAGAAAGAGAAGCGAUCAUUGAGGAACCAAAGCAAGGGACUGUGGGAACAGCACCAGAUGAAGCGGGUCAACAGUUCAGUGAAUACAAACCUGCUGAAAUUGUUGACGUCUGCGACUCAAAGCUGGAGGAAUUUACUGAGGAAAUAGUGGAGACUGAAUGUGAAUUGUUGGAGGAACCUGUAACAGAACAGAUGGACAAUGCAGAAGCUUUUGGACAAGACCUAGAACCUAUUACCAAACGUAUUGAAAACAAGGCAACACCAACACCAGAAAGGGAAGCAAUUGAUGCUGGCAAUGAGAAAACAAAGCAGGAGACCGUGGGACCGGUGAAGGAUGGACAGUAUGAAGCCGGUCAGCAGUUCAGUGAAUCCAAAGCUUUUGACAUCUUUGAGUCGAAGCUGGAUGAAGCCCAGAUUGAAUUCACAGAGGAAAUAGUUGAGACAAAACGUGAACCUUUGGAGGAACCUGUGACAGGACAGAUUGAACAUGUAGAAGUUUAUGAAGAAGAACCAGAACCAGUCAGCAAAAUGAAUGAAAACAAGGCACCAGAAAGAGAAAUGAUUGAGGUCAUCGAUGAGGGAACGAAGCAAGUGGCUGCAGAUGGGCAGCAUGAAGCGGGACAGCAGUUAAGCGAAUUCAUAGCUUCUGAAAUUGCUGACAAACUGGACAUCCAUGAGCCAAAGCUGGACGAAGCCCAGAUUGAAUUUACAGAGGAAAUAGUCGAGACUAAACAUGAACCUUUGGAGGAAACUGUGACAGGACAGAUUGAACAUGUAGAAGUUUAUGAAAAAGAACCAGAACCAACCCCAGAAAGAGAAGCGAUCAUUGAGGAACCAAAGCAAGGGACUGUGGGAACAGCACCAGAUGAAGCGGGUCAGCAGUUCAGUGAAUCCAAACCUGCUGAAAUUGUUGACGUCCGCGACUCAAAGCUGGAGGAAUUUACUGAGGAAAUAGCGGAGACUGAAUGUGAAUUGUUGGAGGAAGCUGUAACAGAACAGAUGGACAAUGCAGAAGCUUUUGGACAAGACCUAGAACCUAUUAGCAAACGUACUGAAAACAAGGCAACACCAACACCAGAAAGAGAAGCAAUUGAUGCUGGCAAUGAGAAAACAAAGCAGGAGACCGUGGGAACGGUGAAGGAUGGACAGUAUGAAGCCGGUCAGCAGUUCAGUGAAUCCAAAGCUUUUGACAUCUUUGAGUCGAAGCUGGAUGAAGCCCAGAUUGAAUUCACAGAGGAAAUAGUUGAGACAAAACGUGAACCUAUGGAGGAACCUGUGACAGGACAGAUUGAACAUGUAGAAGUUUAUGAAGAAGAACCAGAACCAGUCAGCAAAAUGAAUGAAAACAAGGCACCAGAAAGAGAAAUGAUUGAGGUCAUCGAUGAGGGAACGAAGCAAGUGGCUGCAGAUGGGCAGCAUGAAGCGGGACAGCAGUUAAGCGAAUUCAUAGCUUCUGAAAUUGCUGACAAACUGGACAUCCAUGAGCCAAAGCUGGACGAAGCCCAGAUUGAAUUUACAGAGGAAAUAGUCGAGACUAAACAUGAACCUUUGGAGGAACCUGUGAUAGGACAGAUUGAACAUAUAGAAGUUUAUGAAGAAGAAAUUAUUGAAAAGAAAGCACCAGAAAGAGACGUGAUCAUCGAGGAACCAAAGCAAGAGACUGUGGGAACAGCUCAAGAUGAAGCAGGUCAGCAGUUCAGUGAAUCCAAAGCUUUUGACAUCUUUGAGUCAAAGUUGGAUGAGGCCCAGAUUGAAUUUACAGAGGAAAUAGUUGAGACUAAGCAUGAACCUUUGGAGGGAACCUGUGACAGGACUGACUGAACAUGCAGAAAUAUAUGAAGAAGAGCUAGAACCUGUUAGCAAAAUUGAAAAGAAGGCCCUAGAAAGAGAAGCGAUCAUUGGGGAAUCAAAGCAAGAGACUGUGGGAACAGCACCAG